GCUCGCGGACGGAGACGCUCAAAAGCCAAACCCGGUAGAGGGAGAAAAGAGAGUGUGACAGGAACCGGGGAUGGACUGACAGAGAAUGUGAACGAAACCGGGAGAGAGAGAGAGAGAGAGACCGGGAUAGAUGGACAGAGAGAGCGCUACGGAGAGAGAGAAACGAGGAUAGAGAGAGAGAGAGGGAGAGGGAGAGAGCAGGAAACCGGGAGCCAGUCAGAGUCGGGACAGGGACAUGGCCGCCGAGCUGAGCGAGUGGUCGAACCUGGCCGGGAGCGACACGGGCAGCGGGUCCUGGGACCUGGAGCGGGACUGGGAAUCUUUUCUGUUUGAAGAACUGAAUGAUUCCAGUGAUAUGCUUGAGGCUUUGAAAAAUCCUUUUGACAUGGGCAUGGAAAUUGACUUCAGUUUGGAAUUCACACCUUGGGAUGAUGAUCCGUGGGGACCAACAUACAGCUUGUCUCCAGAUGCACAAAUCAUGUCCGAACCUCAAUCUCCAGCUUCGAGCUGUUCAGUGCCUUCUGCAGAUUUAAGUUUGCAACAUGAAGAGUUGAUCUACUCCUUAUCAUGUCAAUCUUCCCCAGUUUCGCCAUGUAGUAAGACCAGUGAGUGUUCUUCUCCAGUACGACAAUUAAAUGCCAAGAGCUCCCCUGAAGUAAAACCUGAUGAAUUAGUACCAGUGAAUGUCACUUCAAAUGUAUCUAAACAGAAACCUAUUCAACCGAAGCCCAUCAUCAUUCCUGCUUUAUCUGUGUCACAGCCUAGUCCAACACUAACUGGGAAAACCAUAAUAAUCCAACCAGUUCAAAAUGUGGUGUCUGUCUUAAAACAACAACCAAUAAAAAUCUGUCCAGCUCCUGCUGGUCAGCCUGUUGUGGUUCCUCAGCCUGCCGUGGUACAGAUUCAGUCCCAAGGUCUUCCUGCUUCCCAACAAGUUAUGAACAUUGCUGGUGGAGCUAACCGCAUCAGCACUGUUCCAGUGAGAGUGCUGACACCUGCAAACAGAAGCAUGAUCAAUGGAAAAGCUCCAAUGGCAAAAGCUGUCAUCUCAACACGUCCACCAACUGGAGUCAGCAACAAGAAGCCAGAUGUAAAUGCACAAAGACGACAGGAAAGAAUGAUUAAGAACCGUGAAUCAGCAUGCUUGUCCCGGAGGAAGAAGAAGGAGUAUCUUCUGAACCUAGAGCACAGGCUGAAGUCUGCACUGGUUGAAAAUACAAAGCUUAAGAAUGAAAAUGGUUCUCUUCAAAAACAGCUCCAGGAGCUGAUGUCAGAGAAUCAGCAACUAAAAGUUACUGCUCCAAAACGAAGAGCUGUGUGUGCCAUGGUAUUGCUGGCGUUUAUAGCACUCAGUUAUGGCCCUGCAAGCAUUUGGGAGAGAAAUUCCAGUGCACUGCAGCCCAGUGCUGGCUCUGCCACCCACAGUCGACAUCUGUUGGGAUUUUCUGAUGGAAAUGGAGGUGGAGGCUUUCAGGAAGCAACUGAAAAAAUUACUGCAGACAAUUACAGAAAUGGGAUUUCAAUCUCAGAAAAAAAAGACCUGAUGGUGGUGAAGAAGGAACCUCUUCUCUUUGUCCAACGGGCAUGUCAACCACAAGUUAAUAGGACUGAAUCACUUAGGCUAGCUGAUGAACUCCGUGGGUGGGUCCAUCGACAUGAAGUAGUCAGAGUCAAAUUGAGAAAAGGAUCCAAAAUGCUUCAUAAAAUACGAACUGUGUUGAAACCUGCAGAUGAGAAGACUGAUGUAGCCCAGUAUAUUACAAGGAAGUACACAGCCAUUGAUGAGAAAAACCCGGGGAGUGAAUUACAGGUGUACUAUGCUCCAGACAAACGUUACCCUGAUUUCUUUGAAGCCAUUCGUAGGAGAGGGGAUACGUUCUAUUUGAUAUCAUUUCGACGAGAUCAUCUUUUGCUGCCAGCUAUCACCCAUAAUAAGACAACCAGACCGAAAAUGUCUCUUGUAUUACCAGCAAUGAAGAUGGAUGAAAGUUUAAUCAAUGAACCAAAAGAUCAUGAGGUGAUGAUGCAGAUUGAUUGUGAGGUGAUGGCCACCAGAAUCAUUCACAUAAAGUCAUCAUCUAUCCCCGCCUUUCUACGAGAGCACCGGGAAAACCACACGGAUUCGUACCAGCGUCCAUCACCUGCACCUACCCACACGGCACCUCCCAUCAUCACAGAGUCUGCCCAAGUAAAUGGGUUCAAACUUUACCAAUAGUGCUUGGCUAAAACCAUACAAUAUUUUGAAUCACUGCACUGUUACCCACAGGGUCACAGGGCCAAGUUUGAAUCCAAGGUGGGCAUGUGAUCCAAUUUUUGUCCAACUUAAAAAAAAAACAAAAUGAUUGGAGAGAGAAUUUUUUUAAAAUUUGAUAUAACCUAAGCUGAUGCAGUAAGACUUAACCCAACCUAAUUUGUUUUGAUCUUAGAUGACUCUGAUUAUCUGCAACUAACAUUUACAGCAGUUUCACUUUGGUCUGCUGGAAACAAAAUUCUUGCUUUGAACAGAUUUUGAUUAUGAAAUGUCACAAUCAAUGGCUUUGGGAGAUGAAAUGUUUAGAGUGAAAACCAACCAUAGCCCAUUCAGCAAAAGCAGUAGUCCUAAGCAUUCUUAAUCUUCCUUCACAAAAUUGCUGUUACCAGAGCAAGCACAUCUGCACAGUGAAACCUUGAGGCAUCAGUGUGCUUUGUAAUCAAAAUAUAGAAUGACUACAUAAAAUGAGCAUUCAUGUAAUUUCUCAAAAAAUUGUAACAUUCAAAAACCACUAGAGAGCUUAUUUUCCUUUAAUUCCACUAAUCCAUUAGCCAUUUUUGGAAAAGGAACAUCAAUGUUCAAGCUAUGAAUCCUUUUGCUUUUACUGAUUCAAAAAGCAGCAGUCCAGAGCUUAGGCUUGUUUUGCUUUUGAUUCUUGUUCCUUGUGUCUUUUUCUGAAAAGUUCAUUUUUAAUGCUUUUGGGCAGCGUGUCUGUUCCACAAAGGCCAAACCUGUGAUUGUAUCAACUAAGAAAUAUGCUUAAUCGUCUGAAUGAGCCCACCCACAACAGUGAAAAGUACAGUGAAGCGCAUUUGUGUCAGCAAUGAUAUGACCAAAUUCUUGAAAAGAUUAUUGUGGAAAAUAUUUGUGGAAGAUUCAGGUCUAUUCAACACUGGACACAUAUUAUCCUCUUACCACUUCCUAUCUCUAAAGCAUAGGCCCAGGCUCCUAAAGACCUCAGAUACAUUGUCCAAGUUGCUUUAAUUGUUGUUUAAGUGCAAGCCUGUGCACAGUGAGUCCAGGUUAGUUGUCCAUGUUGACUCCCCACAACCAAGGCCAUUCCUGCAUGAUAUGAUGUCUCGCUACCAGCAGCAGCUCCUGAAUUUACGAUCAGAAGCAGGAAUCCUGAUUUACUUUUCUUUUUCACAUUGAGCCCAGCAAUGAUGCAGUAAUGUUAUCAUUAUCCACCACUGACCAGGCUGAUGUGAACAACUCUGCCUCACUGGUCAAGAAUCAGACCUAUGUCUCUUGGCUCAGUAGAGUAGCAUAUUUUAAUGCAGUUUGUGAUCAAUUAAAUUUGAGUUCGAAUCAACCAUUUCCAUGAUUGUUCUUGUCAAGACUCAGCAGUUCAGUGCAUUGUUCUUCUGCAAUCAGAUGCAAACUGAGAUACCCAGUUUUGGGCAUUUUGGCCAGUUCACUGGAGUUUCUCAGCUGCAUUAUAAUCAAACAGCAGGUGUGCUUGAAGGAUGCUCAUUUUUUGUCCAAUUAUCUAAAUUGAGCAAUCCCCACUAUCACCCAGAACUCCACCCAGCAAACCGAGUCAGUCUAUUCCAGUGACACCGGUUGCCUCUAUCAGUAAAUAACCUGUUAACAUUGAAGCUGCUUAUUCCAACGACAAAGAACAUUGUUCUUCCUUUCUUGUUCAGAAAUGUAACCCAGGGCUGUUCAGAGUGCAGCCUGAGAAAGCUGAUUGUGUUGUACUAAGUUGAGGGUCUUAUUUGUUUCUUUCCAAUAGCUCAGAAUUGUGAUUUUUUUUUAAAGUUGCACCUAGAAGUUCUAUGUUCAUGCUUUCCUCAUUUAUAUAAUUUAUUUUGAGAUUCAAGUUUUUCAGCUCCUUCAGGAGAGGCUGUGAAGUUGAGAAUGUUUCUGUGCUUUAUUAAAGUUUAUUGUUUGUCAUCUGUUCAAGUAAUUUAUGUACACAUUUGCGAUAUACACCUUUAAAUUCAAUGUUCUGUGGUAAAUGUUAUGACAUUUUUAUAACUUGUUAGUGAAUUUAAGUUUACUUUUGCUUUUGAUGAGUGCAACACAAAAGGACAAUGUACCGUGGUACUCCUGUCCACCACCGUGAUCUAUUAAGACUAAAAAGGGGCUAUAAUGUCUUGUCUGCACAAUGAUAUUAACAUUCAAAAAGACUCCAGAUUGUCCACAGCAGGAGUAAACGUCUUUAGAAGA